CAAUAACUUUAUUUAUAAACGUGUUUUUGUUUAAUAAAAUUUAUAAUAUUAUUUUUUACUAAUAAUGGCUAGUGUUGACAAAAAUAUUAAUCCCUUGAAAAACAAAAUAUCCAAAGAGCUCCGUUCUAAAGCUAACGAUUUCUUAAACAAUAAAGCAAAGGCCAACAAUUUGCUGGAUAUCAUACAAUAUUUGGAGAAAGGCUUGAAGGAAAAACAAUCGCUAACACCGGCUCUGUUAACUUUAGAGGUGGUAUUCAUAGAACUCUUAAGAAGGAGAGAUUUAUUACAUGAGAAAGAUGUCAAUGUGGAAGAAAAUCCCUCGGAAGCCGAAACUAAAUAUCGCAAUUGGUUAACCGAACGUUAUGAGGAAACCUGGUGUCUCAUGCUAAGCGCCAUUGAUUGUGAAAAGCCUCAGGAAUCUGCUCAAGCUUUAGUAUCAUGUAUGAAACUAAUGGCAGCAGAGGGUAAACAUCCUCUAAACACCUUGGAGUCCCUUAAAUUUCCUCGUCUACGGUUACGUCGCAUUUUGGAAAAACUUAUUAGUGCACAACGCCCUCAAACAGCUGCCAUACAAAGUUUUAAAGAAUACGCCGAAUAUUUGGAUGUGGUACAAAAUUGUUGGCACACUUUGCCAAACCUUGUGAAAAAACCCGCAUUUAAGAAAGAAACAUUAGCCUUAAAUUAUCUCGAACUCAUACACUCUCUACCGGUCACAGAAAAUCUACAAGAACAAAAUAAACUCUUGUGUCCAUUGGCAGAAAGUGCACCCGGCUCAGAGCUGUUCGAUUAUACUAGCACUCGUAAAUGUAUAAAUAAAGUGUGGAACAAUCUAAUGGUGUGGCUAGACACUGAAGUGCCAGAAAAUGUGCACAAACAAAUGUUAAUUGUGCUAUUGGAACGUAUACUAACACAUUUGGAGAAGCCCGUUAUGCUAACAGACUUUUUAAUGGAUUCAUUAGAUUGUGGUGGCGCCGUAUCCCUUUUGGCGCUUCAGGGUGUUUUCACACUUAUACAGAAACACAACAUUACUUAUCCAAAUAUUUAUGAGAAACUUUACAGCAUGUUUGAACCCGAAAUAUUUCAUACCAAAUUCAAGGCACGACUUUUCUAUUUGGCUGACAUUUUCCUGAGUUCAACACAUUUACCCGAAAAUUUAGUGGCUGCCUUUGUCAAACGUUUGGCGCGUUUAAGUUUAAUCGCUCCACCACAAGAUGCCAUUAUAAUAUUGUAUUUCAUAGGCAAUUUAAUACUAAGACAUAGCGGUCUUAAGUCAUUAAUAUGUGCCCAGCAGCCUCAAGAAGUGGCCGAGGAUCCCUUUAUAAUGGAAGAACGUGAACCCACAAAAUCGAAUGCUAUCAAAAGUUCUCUUUGGGAAGUUGUGGCCUUACAAAAGCAUGCCAUACCCUCAGUGGCCACAGCUGCCAGAUUUAUAGCACAGCCAUUGCCCAAUAAAGAAUGGGAUUUAUCAACAGUUUUGGAAGUUAAAGAAGAUGAUAUAUUUGAUCAGGAAAUUACCAAGAAAUCUAAACAGUAUGCUCUGGCUUUUGAACGUCCACAAACGGUAUUUUUGCCUAAAAAUGAUAAAUUCCAACAACACUGGUGUCUAGUGUAAUUAAGAAUUUGCUUUUGAAUAAAUUUAAUUAAAAAGAAAAACAAAA